UCCGCCGUGGCCUUGUUUUCAGGCGGGUCGCGGGGGCGAAGCGCUCGGCGCGGCGGGGAGGCGGCCGCGGGGCAGUGUUGGAGCCGUCCCGUCCUGAUGGCGUUCCUGUUCAGGAGAGGCCGGAGGGGCCCCUUCAAACAUAUAGCUCAUGGCCUGGUCCCUGCUGCUACCGUAGCUCCUAAACCUGCAGUUCCCCGCACCCCUCCCCCUCGUAGUCCAAACCCUUCUCCAGAAAGGCCCAGGUCUGCUCUAGCAGCAGCGAUCCUUGCAACGACACUAACGGGGCGCACUGUUGCUAUUCCCCAGCCUCGGCAGCGAUCGCUUUCUGAGGGUGAUUCGACCUGCUUGGAACAGGAAUGUUUUGAACCAUAUGCAACAGUCACAGAGCUCAGAACAGGGUCUCCUCUACAGUCCCUGGAGAUAUCAGGCAAUUAUGGUGAAGAUGAGGAUAUGGAUACAUACCUUUCAGAUGCUGAUAAAGAGGCAGAGUCCAGCUGUCAGAGUAAUGAGAAAAGGGAAGGAAGCUUUAGCACCAAUGCUAUUUAUUCUGUGCCCUGCAAAACUAAAAAGGAAGAGUGUCCACCAUCUCCUAUUGCUAAUGCUGACAAGAAAGAGGUUUCUUCCCAUGAAACUGAGUGUCAGGUGGUAGUGCAUAAGUCAGGUGUGCAAAUAGAAGAAGACCAAAAUCUGGGCUUGAAUUUAAAGGGGGAAAAAUUAAUAGCUGAAAAUCUGGUACAUGGCAAACCUCCACCAUCCCCAGAUGUGUCCGUUCGGGCAAGGCAAGUACGGGAAAAUAUAAGCAAAGAAAAGUUGAGAGAACUAAAACAAGAAAACUGGUCUCUGAGCAAGGCAUACCAAGCUAUGGUCCAACAAUUUGAGGGAGCAAAACAGCACAUAGAGGAACAGCAAUUAAAGCUGAAGGAACUAGAAAAAGAAAACAGAAGACUUAAAGAAGCUGCAGAAAACUCACAUAGAGAAGAGGAGGCAGCAGAAUUACUUUCUCUCAGACAACAAGCACAAGAACUGGUAGAUGAAAAUGAUAGUUUGAAAACGCUGGUCCAUCGUUUAAAUGUAGAAUUAAGUCGCUAUCAAACGAAAUUCAGGCCGUUAUCCCAAGAAGAGAAUCUGAAGCUGACGAGCUUACCCAUGAAAGGACCACGACCACCAUGGCUGGUGGAUAUGAAGUAUUUGUCACCUCUUCUGUUGGCAUAUGAAGAUAGAAUAAGAGAAAAGGAAGAUUUUAUUCUUGAACAUGAGGAGGAUAUGAAGAAUUUUAAAGCACGAGUUGAAGAGUUGGUGAAGGAGAACGAAGAUCUGCAUGAGCAAUUAAAAAACUUCAUUGCCCCUACAGAAUGGCAACUGCUGCAGUCUCAGGCCAAGCUGGUCUUGGAGGAAAAUGGACUGCUGAUUGAGCAACUCAAAAUUCAACAAGCUAAAGCAAAAGAGAGUUACAGAGAGCAUGUUCAAGAAGCUGCAAAGUUGACCAAACAAAUAGUAGUCUUAGAAGACAAGAAACGGAGUCAAGAGGAAGAAAUAACAGAGUAUCAGAAGCAGCUAGAAGCUUUGUGUUGUACAUGUGAAGAGCUGAAAGCCAAAAUGGAUAGCAGAAUACCAGCAGAGGAGCACGUGGCUUUGGUGAAUGAUUUAAAAAGGUGUUUACAAGAGGAGCAGGAGAAAAAGCGCUGUGAGGUGGAAGCUGUAAUGGGAAAGAUAACAUCACUGCAAACUGAAAACAAGAAACUGCUCUUGGAGAAAAAUAACUUCAUGGCUGACAAGAAAAUCCUGGAAACUGAGCUGCAAGUGACUCAAAAGACGAACAGACGAUUAAAGAAGAAAAUAGAUCUUUUGCAACUGCAGCUGGAGGAAGCAAUGGAAAAAGAAGUCACAGCCCAUCACUAUCUAACAAACCUUAUUGGGCUGGUGGAGAAGAUAGCUAAGGAACGUGAUCAUCUUGUAUUAUUGGCCAGAUGUUUGGAAAAUGAGAAUCAUGGUGUUCUCAAGAAAAUUAUAGAAGGCAGUCUACGCUUAGGAAGACUGGAAGAAAAAGUUAAGGUGUAUAAAAAGAAAGUGUCUGGGAAGCUUGGAGAUAUCAGUCUCAAGAUGACUGAGCAGGAGAAAGAGUUUGAAAGGAAGACUGCUCAGUAUGAGCAAGAGAGGAAGCAGCUGCAGCGUCUGCUGCAAGACAAGCAGGAAACCCUCAAUGAAGUGCUGGAGAAGAGCAGGAAAACAGAAGGGAAACUUGAAGUCAUGUGGGAGUCCACGGCCAAAGAAAACAGGAGAAUGAGAGAACUCUUACAUAAAUCCCUGAGGAAGAACAACAUGCAGAGUGCUGUCACAGUUCAUGAACCACAUUCUCAGAAGGACCUAAUUUAUGGAUAUGAUUUUAGCUAUUGUGAUGUGAAAACUUCAUCCCCUACUGAAAAUGAAAUUCAGCAAGAGUGUCAGUGAUAAGAAUCCACAUCUCAUCCAAGAAAGAGAACUUGGUGCCUGAAUUUGACUUUUUCAGCAACACAAGGUGUAGUGGAAUGUUUACUGUUCAAUAUUACUGUAUUUCUCAGGUCAUCAAAAUGACAACAGCAUAUUUUUUACUUGUAUUGUGAAUAAUGUAAAUCUAGCCUAAAAUAUGACUUUGCUAUUUGAAGAAAAGGCUAUUUCUUCUUAAGACAAAAUAUGAUACAGCUUUAACAUGUAAAGACAAGUAACUAGUUAACAGGCUAAGCAGCUGGUAAGCUUGGUGUUUAGCACAGACAUGCACUAUGCCACAAAACAAGUGAACAGCAAGACAGUGCUUGUUAAAAUUAAAAGGACAAGUUUCAGUAAAUUCUCCCUAAAAUGCCAGAUGGAGUAUGAUCCAAGGUGAAAAAAAAGUGUGGCUUGUACUUUUUCUCGUGAGGAAGCAUCUUGACUUCCUAAGAUGCAGGGAUGUCCUUACACUAGGUCAUGUGCCAAAAAUCUUGUCAUCUCAGGGACAGAGAAAAAUUUGACUGUGGAGGAGACAAGACUGGAACAUCCUGAUGACAACUGCUGGUGCCUGAAUGCACAACUGUCCACUGUGUCGAUUGACAGGAUCCCUGCAGUCCUUGGGAAGCUCCUACCAUCUUUUGUUUGCUAAGGGGACCAGCUGCCAGCACAGGAUGCAGCUCUCCUCCAGACUGUUUUCUUCAUUCUACUUUAGAUUCAGUGGCUUCAAAAGCCACCCAAAGCAUUCUCUGAAGCAGUGCUUAUUGUAUAUGCCUUUAGAUUAUUGACUUAUAUUUGUCUUAGCUUUCAGGUUUGUUGAUUUUUCACAGUAUUGCACAUCAACUUUGUAGUAGUAUUUAUUACUAUGAUGUGACUUUAUUUUGGAUAUACAUAUAACUUGCUGGAUCAGCUUUUUGGUGUUGCUUCAUUUUCAUAACAAAAUGUAAAUGGUACCAGAAAACUGUAACACUACAAAAAACAUGUAACUGUCAUAGUUGUGUAUUAGAAAUAAUGAAGAAUUUCAUUGGCUUUGAAAUGAAAUAAAAUAAAUAAAUUUUUUAAAAAAUAA